AUGACUAGUCUUAGAGAUCUAGAUUUGUCCUAUAAUUUUUUCACUUCCUUGCCAAAUGGGUUGUUGUCUAGUCUUAGCCGUCUCAAGUCGGUCAUUCUCAUAGACAAUCUCUUGCAAGGUGUAAUCUCAGGGGCCAUAGGAAACUUGACUUCCCUUAUUAUCCUCGACAUGUCAUCCAAUCAACUUGAGGGAAACAUACCCAGAUCAUUGGGAAAAUUAUGCAAGUUGAAGACAAUUGAUUUAUCAUAUAACAAAUUGGGUGAAGUGAUAACAGAACUUUUCAGAUGUUUCUCCCAUUGCAUGUUAUUUGGAUUGGAGUCGAUGUCAUUACAGAAAAAUUAUCUUGGUUGUCAAUUUCCAAAUGAGCCUGACCAAUUCAAAAAUCUAACCUACCUUUCUCUUGCAAACAACUCCAUUUAUGGUCCCAUUCCAAUGUCGAUCGAAAGAUUAUCAUCCUCGGCAAUGUUAGAUCUUUCCUAUAAUCAUUUGACUGGAGUUCUUCCUCAAAGUCCUGGGCAACUUGCAAAGUUAGAAACUUUAGAUCUUUCAAAUAAUCGGUUGAAUGGAACUCUUCUUGAAAGUCUUGGGCAACUUGCAAAGUUAGAAACUUUAGAUCUUUCAUAUAAUCAUUUGAAUGGAACUCUUCCUAAAAGUCUUGGGAAAUUUGGGAUGUUAACAGUUUAG